AUGACGCCAUCAUGUGUCGCAGUUUCUGCACGACUCUGGAUGGGCAGGCCCAGGAUUGGUUCGGGUCCCUCCAUUCCCACUUUUGCGGUCCUGACCAAGAAGUUCAUGUCGCACUUCACGGGCAGCAUACAACGGCGGAAGCAGUUCGCCGACCUAUGUUACCUAAAGCAAGACAAGUCGGAGUCUUUGGCAGAGUACCUGAGUAAGUGGAAGAAGGAAGCUAUGGGGGUGACAAAUUUCAACGAAAGGUCCGCCAUCCCGUUUUUCACCAACAACCUCAUGUCGGGUCCUUUCCACAACGACCUUGUUUGGAAUGAGCCGAAGACGUACACAGAAUUGAUGGACCGCGCCGCGCGGUACGCCAACGCAGAGGCAGCAGAGAAGAGGAAGAAGGAGGAGGAGGAAGGCCGCGGACAAGGCAACAAGGCAUCUCGUCUUCAAGAGGAUCGCUGCCCUCCCCGGUCGCGACAUGACCGGGGUCCCCGUCUAGCCCCGCUACGACACCUAACCCCGUUGACACAGCCUGUAAGCGUCAUCCUGGACCAUGCAGAGGACAUGGGCAUUGUGUCGUUCCCCGAGGAGUGCUUAAAGAUCUCCCCCAAGGCCGACCCGAAGAAGUACUGCCGCUUCCAUCGGCAACGUGGGCAUGACAUCGACGAAUGUAUGGUCCUCAAGAGGCAGAUUGAGGAGCUCAUUCAACGAGGAUACCUGGGGCAGUACGUGAAGAGGUCCGGGUAA